CUGGUAACCCGGAAGCGGUCGGCAGUGCGGCGCUGUUUAAAGAUGGCGGCGGAGGAACCUCAGCAGCAGAAGCAGGAGCCGCUUGGCAGCGACUCCGAAGGUGUUAACUGUCUUGCCUACGAUGAAGCCAUCAUGGCUCAGCAGGACCGAAUUCAGCAAGAGAUUGCUGUGCAGAACCCUCUGGUCUCAGAGCGGCUGGAGCUCUCUGUCCUAUACAAAGAGUAUGCUGAGGAUGACAACAUCUAUCAACAGAAGAUCAAGGACCUCCACAAAAAGUACUCAUACAUCCGCAAGACCAGGCCUGAUGGAAAUUGCUUCUAUCGAGCUUUCGGAUUCUCCCACUUGGAGGCGUUGCUGGAUGACAGCAAGGAAUUGCAGCGGUUCAAGUCUGUGUCCGCCAAGAGCAAAGAGGACCUGGUGUCCCAGGGCUUCACUGAGUUCACAAUUGAGGAUUUCCAUAACACGUUCAUGGACCUGAUCGAGCAGGUGGAGAAGCAGACCUCAGUGGCCGACCUGCUGGCCUCCUUCAACGACCAGAGCACCUCGGACUACCUGGUGGUCUACCUGCGGCUGCUCACCUCGGGCUACCUGCAGCGCGAGAGCAAGUUCUUUGAGCACUUCAUCGAGGGGGGCCGGACCGUCAAGGAGUUCUGCCAGCAGGAGGUGGAGCCCAUGUGCAAGGAGAGCGACCACAUCCACAUCAUCGCGCUGGCCCAGGCGCUCAGCGUCUCCAUCCAGGUGGAGUACAUGGACCGCGGCGAGGGCGGCACCACCAACCCCCACAUCUUCCCCGAGGGCUCCGAGCCCAAGGUCUACCUUCUCUACCGGCCUGGACACUACGAUAUCCUCUACAAAUAGGGCCGGCCCCGGCCUGCCGCUGCCCUGCCUGCCCUCCCCUCUGCCAGGCGCUAGACAUGUACAGAGGUUUUUUUGUGGUUGUAAAUGGUCAUACUUCACUCCCGCAUCCCCUUCCCUGUCAUACGACCUUCCGUGUUUUAUUAAAGGGGACGCUGGUGGUGA